AUGGCGUUCUCUCUGUACUCUCUGAUCCAGGCGGCUCUGCUCUGUGUGAACGCAGUCGCAGUUCUUCACGAAGACAGAUUCUUAAACAAAAUCGGCUGGGGUGUGGAUCAAGGCGUUGGAGGCUUCGGAGAUGACCCUGGGAUUAAAACACAGAUGAUGAACCUGGUGCGCUCUGUUCGAACGGUUAUGAGAGUUCCUUUGAUCGGCGUAAACUCCGUCUGUAUCGUUCUGUUGCUGCUGUUUGGAUGA